AUGAGAAGCUCACACCUGAGAGCAAAGAAGAAGGAGGGUGCACGCUGCCCGGGGCCUGCUCAGAUCUACGGCUUUGUGUGCAGCUCUGUCGUCCGAAACUGCGCGGAGGCAUCUCAGUGGGAAGCAGCAGUGUCGUUGCUGCUGUCGUCCACAGGCGUGGCAGAUGUGUCAGCUCACUGUGCUGGGCUGAUUGCUUGCCGCGUUCGUGGACAUUGGGAGGAAGCGGAAGCGCUUCUUGAGGCCCUGCAGGUGGCACCCCAAGUGCAUGGUCGUCGCUCGAGGCCUUUCCCCGCUCGUCGAAACUUGCCCCGCGACGGCAUGUCCGCUGAUGCCCGUUGGUAG